GAAAUGGCUUUUUAUCCAUCUUUAUUCCAGGUUGUUUUGACAGAGCACUCAACUAGUGAUUCUUCAAUUCUUCACCAUAAAAAUAUGGAUUGAAAAUUUGUUCGAGAGGAUCAUCAGCCUUAGUCUGCAACGAAGAAAAAGAAUACCUAUCUUUCUCCAAAAGGCACUUGAGAUUCAAACCAGUUACCAUAUGCAAGGUAUAUUUAACCUUGCUUGUUCUCCUCCAAAUGAUGGCCCCAUAAAUAGCUAUCCAAGAGAAAGUUUCCUUUCCAAGGUUUCUUCUAUUUCAAAUAAGCAAAUGCAAGUGGCUAACUGAUAUUUGAUGAUGAUAAAACAUAAUAGUCAUAGAAGAGAAACCUGAGAAUAAAACUCGUGCAAAAGAAUGGAGAAUUUAUGGAAUCAAAUGAGGGGGCAACUUACUGGUAUGGAUGAGAAGAAACCUGAUCUUGGUGCCACGAGGGAUCGCAAAAUACCUAUACAGAAAACUCAAUCUUUCAAAGCAGAGAAGAAAAGGAGUCAGAACUGGUUUCAAAAACAGCUUCCAAUGAAAAGAAGUCAUGAUUUUGACUCUUUUGAAAUCGAGCAUGCUGCUGCAGUAGCUGCUGCUGCAUUCUCGAUUAAUUUGCAAGAGGCCUCUGAGCAGACGAGUGAGACGCCGGAGACCUCAUUGGCCAAGACAAAAAGUAAGUUAGGCAGCUCAAAAUCUUCAAAGUCCCUACUUGCUAGUGCUUCCAAGAGAUUAUCAGGUUCAUUUAGAUAUAAAGAUGACCAGGGUGACAAGGUGUCAAUAUCCCCAGUUUCAGAAGAAAAGAAGCCGGAAAAGGCCAUUAUGCCUGCACCAUCAAUGAAAAAGACUUCAACUUUUAUUGAUAAGAAACCUGUUACCUCAACACCAAAAGCUCCUCCUCCUCCUCCUUCAAUUCAAAAGACUUCAAGGCAACCGAGCCCUCUAAGACAGACUACAACGGGCACAAACAUUCAGGAGGAAGAUGCAGAUGUAUGGGAGAGAACCGAGCUCAACAAGAUCCAACAAAGGUACGAGAAGCAGAAAGAGACUAUAGACUCAUGGCAAGACAAAAAGAGGAUGAAAGCCAAACGAAAGCUAAUUAAGCAUGAGAGUGAACUUGAGCGGAGAAGGUUUAAAGCUUUGGAGAAAUUUCAAAAUAAGAUGAAGUGUGUAAAUCAAGUUGCAGACAGAGCGAGAACCAAGGCUGAUGAAAACCGAAAGAAUGAAGAGCUACAAGCAAAACGGAAGGCAGGUGCAAUUCGAACAACAGGCAAACUGCCACGGAUUUAUUUCUGCUUCUGAGAUUGCCAGUUGCAUAACAUCAAAGUGUUUGGGAGGAAGAUAUGUAAAUGAUUGUUUCAUAGUAUUAUCCAUAUCUCUUAGUCAUCAUCAUUUACAGUAUAUGACCACAUGGUGCUAUAAAAAUUGCAAAACAAAACUGUAAGCUUCAACAAAUGCAUGAGCUGCUACUUGUGUAUAUCAGUUACAGUUUUUCAUGUUUUAA